AUGGCAGAUGCAGCUAAAAAUUAUUGUAGAGCUUGUUUUACAAUUGCAAAAGAAAUAAUUAAUACAAGUUAGAUAAUAUAAGAAAAUAAGUGGAAAAAGUUAACAAACUGGAUUAAUUCAUUAUUACUUCUGCCUUAAGUGGUGGAACAAAAUCAGGUUAUACUUCUUCGCUUAUGGAAAACUUAUUUGUUGAAUAUGCAGUUUAGGCUAAAUAAAUGCAUUCUUAAUAUAUCUUUCUUAGGAAUUAUCCAAUAAUAAAGUGGAUAUCAAUAAUGCUGUGUUAACUAUUCAUAUGACUUAAAAAUAUUGUGA